CCUAAUCAACUAUACCAAAAAAACGUUCAAAUCUCCACGCUUCGCCACGUCGACUCCCCGCUCUGUCCAUCUUCUCUGUCUCUCCUCCGUCUUGCUCGCUUUCCCUCUCAUCCCUCUCUCAAUUCGGUCACAGUUUCCUCACCAAUCUGAUCCAUCAAACUGAGUAAGGUCACUUUCUUCAAUUCAGUUUUCUGGGAUGCUUUUUUUUAUCCUAUUGUUCUUGUAAGAUUUGUCAGCGAUUUCCCAUAUCAGUUUUUGGCAAAUAUUUACGGAAUCAAUCUCUUUCCUGUUAUUUAAUUUGAUUUACUUGAAUGGGCUAUGUUGGUUUACGUUGAUUAUGAAUGUUCUAUGAGAGUUGUGGAUGAUUGAUGAGGUAUUUCAGUUUUUCUGGGCUGAAUUUUGCUUGAUAGUAAAGAUGUCUCGGAAUUCUGACACAACGAGGCGAAUCCCACCUGGAAUUUUGCUCAUAAGAAGAAUUAGAGGUAGGGAUUGGAGCCUUGCUACCUAUAGAUAUGUGGUUUUGUUUGUUACCUUCAUUGCAUAUGCUUGUUAUCAUGCUUCUCGAAAACCCACUAGCAUAGUUAAGAGUGUGUUGUGUCCUGACCCCAAUAGGCCCUUGGGGCGGUACCCUUGGCCGAUUGGCAAUGCGUUCAUGAAGGAGAACUUUAUGGAAAAUGACAUAAACAUGGGUUGGCCUCCAUUUAAUGGACCGGAUGGGACGUCAAAAUUGGGGGAGAUUGAUGUUGCAUUUCUAGCUUGUUACGCUUUGGGAAUGUAUGCUGCCGGGCAUUUGGGCGAUACUUUGGACCUCCGGCUGUUUUUAACGACUGGGAUGAUUGGGAGCGGAAUUUUUAUUGGGUUAUUCGGUAUGGGAUAUUUUUGGAAUGUGCAUGUCUUUUGGUAUUUUCUUGUAAUGCAAAUGGUUGCCGGAUUGUUUCAAGCAACAGGUUGGCCUUCGGUUGUUGCUGUUAUUGGUGGUUGGUUUGGGAAGAGAAAGAGGGGUUUGAUAAUGGGUAUUUGGAAUGCCCAUACUUCUGUUGGGAAUAUUAGUGGGUCUCUUCUUGCUGCUGCCGUCUUGGAAUAUGGGUGGGGCUGGUCUUUUAUAGUUCCAGGUGCAUUUAUUGUAAUGGGAGGUUUAAUGGUAUACUUGUUCUUAGCUGCUUACCCUGAGGAUGUUGGAUUUACCAGCUCACAUGGUUCAGUUUCGAAUGUAGAGGUAGUUCCUAAUGACCAAGAAGCUCAUAUAAGAAAAGAAAAUGUGGAGGCAGGGGAAAUGAAUGUUGUGUCUAAACAUGGGUCAGUGAGUAGGAGAAGCAUCGGGCUACUUCAAGCUUGUUUGAUACCAGGAGUGAUACCGUUUGCAUUGUGCCUUUUCUUCGCAAAGCUGGUGGCCUACACGUUUCUCUACUGGUUACCAUUUUAUCUAAGUCAGACAGAAAUUGGUGGAGAGUAUGUUUCUGUGAAAUCUGCUGGAAAUCUAUCUACCUUCUUUGAUGUAGGGGGCAUUGUUGGUGGAAUCCUUGCUGGUUAUGUAUCUGAUAAACUUAAUGCACGGGCUACUACAGCUGCCUGCUUCAUGUAUGCUGCAAUUCCUUCAAUGCUAUUAUAUCGCACGUAUGGAUAUAUCUCACAGACUGUCAACAUUGUACUUAUGAUGAUUGCUGGCUUGUUUAUAAAUGGGCCCUAUGCACUCAUUACUACCGCAGUUUCUGCGGACCUAGGCACACACAGUUCUCUUAGAGGGGAUUCUCGAGCGCUGGCAACAGUGACUGCCAUAAUUGAUGGUACUGGAUCAGUCGGUGCGGCUCUUGGCCCUCUUAUUACUGGUUUCAUAUCCACAAAGGGAUGGGAUGCAGUUUUUGUGAUGCUGAUGAUUGGUGCUCUUGUUGCUGGGCUUCUUUUGUCACGUUUGAUUGUAGCUGAAAUUACUGAGAAAACUUGCAAACCAAUGUCUCAAUCCAGCAACCAGCAAAGUCUUGGAGCUCAUGUGACCCAACCUCUUCUCAGUGAUAGAAGGUGAUAGUGAGGUAUGAUUUCAAGAAGCUUCAUGUUGAAAAAAUUAAAGAAAAAGGCUCAACAUGCAAUUGAUAUUGUGUGUUCUUUGAUUUCAAGAAGCAUUUGUAUUUCUGAAAAUAAUGGCUUUGUUUGUUACUUGUAGCACUUGUUCAUUGUCUUAAUAUACCAAGCAAUACUUAUGUGCGUA